AGGUGACACAAGAGAUAAUAAUAACAUCAUACAAAUUCAUUCAUUCGUAAAACCCCUUUCACAGGCCUACCUUCUCUUCAACAGAGAUUUGGGCCCAACACAAACACCAUUGGCUCCGAUCACUCCGCAACCCAAUUCCAUGGCGGCUGGCCCAACACCACCACCCUCUGAUCGACCCACCCUCCUCCCUCCCCCAAUGCUCGUCUCUGACUCCUUCGCCAAGGACGCCAUCCUCGCCUGGUUCCGCGGCGAGUUUGCCGCCGCCAACGCCAUCAUCGACGCCCUCUGCGCCCACCUCGCCUCCGACUCCCCCUCCGCCUCCGCCUCAGACUAUGACGCCGUCUUCGCGGCCAUCCACCGCCGCAGGCUCAACUGGAUCCCCAUCCUCCAGAUGCAGAAGUACCACUCCAUCGCCGAUGUCACCCUCGAGCUUCGCAGAGUCACUGACGCAAACCUCAACGCGGAAAACAAAAGCCACGAGAAAGCCACGUCCACUGAAAAUGGUGCUGACGAACACCAACACCAGCCCGAACACGAGGAGUAUGAAUCUCCCGAGAGCGAGGUUACUGAUUCAGGAUCUCAAGAAAUGCAGGCUAGUUCCAUGAACGUUAAUAUAUGUUCAAAUCAUGAAGAGUGUGAAGGACGUUCUUCACAGUUCAAGUUGACAAAAGGUUUCACAGCAAAAGAGUCUGUGAAGGGACAUAUGGUGAAUGUGGUUAAAGGGUUGAAGUUAUAUGAGGACGUUUUCACGGAUUCAGAGCUGUGCAAGCUGACAGAUUUUGUGAAUGAAAUCCAUGCUGCUGGCCAGAAUGGGGAACUGUCAGGUGAAACUUUUAUAUUAUUCAACAAGCAGAUGAAGGGAAACAAGAGAGAGCUGAUUCAGUUGGGUGUUCCAAUAUUUGGAAAGAUAAAGGAGGACGCAAAAAGCAAUAUAGAGCCUAUUCCAGCACUUCUCCAAGGUGUCAUUGAUCACCUUAUUCAGUGGCAAUUACUUCCCGAGUACAAAAGACCAAAUGGUUGUAUCAUCAACUUUUUUGAAGAGGGGGAGUUUUCUCAGCCAUUCCUGAAACCACCACAUCUGGAUCAACCUGUGUCCACUCUUCUUCUCUCCGAAUCAACCAUGGCGUUUGGGCGUAUACUUAUGAGUGAAAAUGAUGGGAACUACAAGGGACCACUCAUGCUCUCAUUGAAGAAGGGGUCUCUUGUAGUGAUGAGAGGAAACAGUGCUGACAUGGCAAGGCACGUAAUGUGUCCAUCCCCUGAGAAAAGGGUGAGCAUCACCUUCUUUAGAGUGAGGCCAGACUCCAACCAGUGCCAAUCACCAACUCCUACCAUGACAAGUGCCAUGACUCUGUGGCAACCUGGCAUUGCUGGCCCAUAUGCUUUGCCAAAUGGUCCUCUAAGUAGCUAUGAGGGUAUGGAUAUGAUGCAUAAAUGGGGAAUGCUUCGGGGCCCAAUGGUGAUGCUUACCCCUAUGCGUCCUGUGGCAGUGAACCAUCGCAAACUUGCAGGUGGUGGGACUGGGGUGUUUUUGCCCUGGAAUGUGCCAUCUAGAAAACCCGCCAAGCAUCUUCCCCCACGUGCCCAAAAAGGAAGGCUUCUCACAUUGCCUUCCCCUGUUGAACCACAAAUGGGAGAGUCCACAUCCGAGCCCAGUAUUUGUGUUGAAGGAUAAGGACAAGUUUAGUUCUAAAGCAGCCUUGGGUUUGAAGAAAUCUGGCUUUCAUGACUCAGCUAUUUGCUCUACCCUAAGGAACAUUUUGUUGUACAAACCCGGCCCACUCCACCCCAGGUGCUGCGAGAUCAGUUUGGUUCUUUUUUUUAUUUAUUUUUUUCUUUUUCACUCUUUUCCCCUUUGCAUAGAUUAGAGUCUAGUGGUGUUCGCAACGGUUUUCCAUGUUUGCCAAUCACGGCAAGAGCUUUAGUAGUGUAGUAGUCAAGCUUUCAAAUUUGAAGAGUGUGAAUUAUAUCUGACGGUAGCAUUUUGUAAGAAUCAUAUUUUAAGUCAAUCAUCCUUUUAGACAA